UACGUCGCCGGAAGUUGCUCUCUCCUUUUCUGCCUGUACUCGCUGCAGUUGCCGGUAAUCGGUCCGGGGAGACUGCAGAGCUCAUCAUGUCGUAUGAGGAAGUAGAAACCCCAUAUGAUCCAUACAGCUACCAGGCAGACUUUGACACUCACACAGGUGACCCCAAGCAGGACCUGGCAUAUGAACGCCAGUAUGAGCAGCAGACCUAUCAAGUCAUCCCUGAAGUGAUUAAGAACUUCAUCCAGUAUUUCCACAAGACUGUGUCUGACCUGAUUGAUCAGAAGGUAUAUGAGCUCCAAGCCAGCAGAGUAUCUAGUGAUCUCAUUGACCAGAAGGUUUACGAGAUCCAAGAUAUCUAUGAAAACAGCUGGACAAAGUUAACUGAACGUUUUUUCAAGAAUUCUCCAUGGCCUGAAGCAGAAGCUAUUGCUCCUCAAGUUGGGAAUGAUGCAGUGUUCUUGAUUCUCUAUAAGGAGCUAUAUUAUAGACACAUCUACGCCAAAGUUAGCGGAGGACCCACACUGGAGCAGCGUUUUGAAUCCUACUAUAACUACUGCAAUCUCUUCAACUACAUUCUCAAUGCAGAUGGUCCAGCACCCCUGGAGCUGCCUAACCAGUGGCUGUGGGAUAUUAUUGAUGAAUUCAUUUACCAGUUUCAGUCAUUCAGCCAGUAUCGGUGCAAGACUGCAAAGAAGUCAGAGGAAGAAAUCGAAUUCCUGCGUUCCAACCCCAAGAUCUGGAACGUUCACAGCGUACUUAAUGUGUUACAUUCUCUAGUGGACAAAUCCAACAUUAACCGCCAGCUGGAGAUUUAUACUAGUGGAGGUGACCCUGAAAGUGUAGCUGGAGAAUAUGGGAGACAUUCCCUAUAUAAGAUGCUUGGAUACUUCAGCUUGGUUGGACUGCUGCGUCUGCACUCGCUGCUUGGAGAUUACUAUCAGGCUAUAAAAGUGUUGGAAAACAUUGAACUUAACAAGAAGAGCAUGUACUCUCGAGUUCCUGAGUGCCAGGUGACCACAUACUAUUAUGUGGGUUUUGCAUACCUUAUGAUGCGACGAUACCAGGAUGCCAUUCGGGUUUUUGCUAAUAUCUUGCUAUAUAUCCAGAGAACCAAGAGCAUGUUUCAGAGAACCACAUACAAGUAUGAAAUGAUUAACAAGCAGAAUGAGCAGAUGCAUGGACUGCUGGCCAUCGCCCUCACCAUGUAUCCCAUGCGCAUAGAUGAGAGCAUUCACACUCAGCUGAGAGAAAAAUAUGGUGACAAAAUGUUGCGUAUGCAGAAAGGUGAUGCACAGAUUUAUGAAGAACUUUUCAAUUAUGCCUGCCCUAAGUUCCUGUCACCAGUCGUCCCCAACUAUGACAAUGUGCACCCCAACUACCACAAAGAACCGUAUCUUCAACAACUCAAGGUCUUUCUUGAUGAAGUUCAGCAGCAGGCACAGCUGUCCACAAUCCGCAGUUUCCUGAAGUUAUAUACUACUAUGCCUGUGGCAAAGUUGGCAGGAUUCUUGGAUUUGCCUGAACAGGAAUUCCGCAUUCAGCUGCUUGUUUUCAAGCAUAAGAUGAAGAACCUUGUGUGGACUAGUGGCAUUUCUGCCCUGGAGGGAGAGUUCCAGUCUGCAUCAGAAGUGGAUUUCUAUAUAGAUAAGGACAUGAUUCACAUUGCGGAUACCAAAGUUGCCCGACGCUAUGGAGACUUCUUUAUACGACAGAUACACAAGUUUGAAGAGCUAAACAAAACUUUGAAGAAGAUGAGCCAAAAGCCUUGAAAGGAAAUCAAACAGACAAGAUAUUUAUAAGGACUAAAUGGCAACCUACAGCUACCAACACAUUGCUGUCAUUAUCAAGCGGACUAAAAUAUUUUAAUAAAACUUCAGAAAACUAGCAA